AUCGCAACAUGACGGAUAAAAUAGUUUUGUAUGGCAUGGACAUAAGUCCGCCAGUUCGCGCCUGCAAACUGACUUUGCGAGCCUUGAACUUGGACUAUGAAUACAGGGAGUUGGAUCUGCUGGCAGGAGAUCACUGCAAGGAUGAGUUCCUUAAGAAGAACCCGCAGCACACCGUGCCACUUCUCGAAGAUAAUGGAGCCCUCAUCUGGGACUCACAUGCGAUUGCUGGCUACUUGGUGGACAAGUACGCCAAGUCGGAUGAGUUAUAUCCCAGGGAUCUGGUGUUGCGCGCUCAGGUGGAUCAGCGUUUGUACUUUGAUGCCAGCAUCCUGUUUAUGUCGCUGCGCAAUGUUAGUAUACCCUAUUUUAUUCGCCAAGUGAGACUGGUUCCCAAGGAAAAGGUGGACAACAUCAAAGAUGCUUAUGGCCACUUGGAGAACUUUCUGGGGGAUAAUCCCUAUUUGACUGGGUCGCAACUGACCAUAGCAGAUUUCUGCUGCGGAGCCACUGCAUCCUCACUGGCCGCUGUCCUUGAUCUCGAUGAGGAAAGGUAUCCCAAGGUGGCUGCUUGGCUCGAACGCCUCUCAAAGUUGCCCCAUUGUGAGGAGGACCAUCUGCGGGGCUUGAAGAAGUACAUCAGUUUGUUGAAACCCGUCUUAAAGUUGGAGUAA